AUGCCGCCUCCACCGCAUCAAAAGCCCGAAAAUGUGCUGAAGCGCGCUCACGAGCUCAUCGGAGUCGGCCAGCCUCCGGCGGCUUUGACCCUACUUCACGAGCACAUCACCAGCAAACGUUCCCGAAAUGUCCCCAUCGCGUCGCUCGAGCCCGUUAUGCUCCUCUUGGUCGAACUCUCAGUCGAACAGAAGAAGGGAAAACUCGCCAAGGACGCCCUUUACCAGUAUAAGAAUAUCUCCCAAAACACAAAUAUUGCGACCAUUGAGCUCGUCCUGAAGAAGUUCAUCAAGCUCGCCGUCGACAAGGUCACUGCUGCGCAGCAAAAGGCCGACGAAGUCCAGUCCAGCCUCGAGGCUACCACCGGUGGUGACUCCAACGUCGAAGAUUUGGAAGCCACCGAGACUCCCGAGUCUAUUCUCCUCGCCACCGUCUCCGGCGAGCAGUCGCGCGACCGCACCGACCGCGCCAUCGUCACUCCUUGGCUCAAGUUUCUCUGGGAGGCUUACCGUACCGUUCUUGACAUUCUGCGCAACAACGCACGCCUCGAGAUCCUCUACCAGAGCACCGCCUCCCAGGCUUUCGACUUCUGCCUCAAGUACACCCGCAAGACUGAGUUCCGAAGACUCUGCGAGCUUCUGCGCAACCAUGUCCAGACCGCUGCCAAGUACUCUUCCCAGAUGCACGCCAUCAACCUCAAUGAUGCCGAUACCCUUCAGCGUCAUCUGGAAACCCGAUUCCAGCAACUCAAUGUCGCUGUUGAGCUCGAGCUCUGGCAGGAGGCCUUCCGCAGUGUCGAGGACAUUCACACUUUACUCAACCUCAGCAAGCGUCCUCCCAAGAAUGUCAUGAUGGCCAACUACUACGAGAAGCUCACCCGCAUCUUCCUCGUUGGCGAGAACUACCUGUUCCACGCUGCUGCUUGGUCCAGAUACUACAACCUGCUCCGCCACUCCGCUGUUCUUGUGGCUUCCGGACAGGGCAAGAAGUCCGAUAACCCGCCCGCUACCGAGGCUGACCUCCAGAAGGCUGCCUCCUUCGUUCUUCUGUCCGCUCUUGCCAUCCCAGUCAUCAGCACCUCGCGCUCUCGUGGUGCCAUGGUCGACUUCGACGAGGCCCGCAAGAAUAAGAACUCGCGUCUAACUCACCUGCUCGGCAUGGCCCAGGCUCCUACCCGAUCCCGUCUCUUUCGUGACGCGCUUUCUAAGUCUCUUCUUCAGCGUGUUCGCCCUGAGAUUAAGGAGCUUUACAACAUCCUCGAGGUCGACUUUCAUCCUCUCUCCAUCUGCCAAAAAAUAUCUCCCAUUUUGAGCAAGAUUGGCGAUGAUUCCGAGAUGGAACGUUAUAUUCUUCCUCUGCAGCAGGUCAUUCUUACUCGCCUUUUCCAGCAGCUCUCCCAGGUCUACGAUACCGUUGAUCUUGAGUUCGUCCAGACCCUUGCUCAGUUCCCUGAGCCGUUUCAAAUCACCCGCGGCACUAUUGAGAAAUUCAUCAUGAACGGUAAUAAGAAAGGUGACCUUGCCAUCCGCAUGGACCAUGCCACUGGCGUUCUCAGCUUUGACAGCGACAUCUUCUCCUCGUCCAAGGCUGGCCACAGCGGCUCCGCUGCUGGUUCCGCCGAGGCCGAUGGCGGCGCCAUUCAACGUCUCCAGAGCACCCCCUCUGAGAUUGUCCGCUCCCAGCUCACUCGCCUAGCCAGAGCUCUCUUCACGACCUGCCACUAUAUUGAUCCUGCGUUCAAUCAACAGCGCUUGGAUGCCCGCAAUGCUGCGCUCAGCCGUGCCAAGGCUGGGGCUGAAAAGGAGCAUCUCGCUAUCCUCGCCCGCAAAGAUGUUAUCCAUAAGCGCAAGGAGGAAGCCUCCGAGGCUCAGGCCCGCAAGGACAAGGAAAACGCCCGCCAGAAGCGCCUCAAGGAGCAGGCUCUCCAGGAGGCUGAGGACAAACGUCUGGAGAAUGACCAGAGAGAGCGCGAAGCUAGACGUCUCAAGGAAGACCGCGACAAGGUCCGCAGGGCUGAGGUCGAGCAGCAAAUCAAGGAACUCAAGAUGGACGGCAAGCGUCUCGACAUUGAUCUGGACGACAUUGACAACCUGGACACGAACCGUCUCCGUGAGAUCAAGCUAAGCCAAUUGGAGCGUGAAAAGCACGAUGUCAAGGAGAAGCUCAGAGUCACUGGCAAGCGUAUCGACCAUUUGGAGCGUGCCUACCGCAAGGAGGAAGGCCAGAAGUUGGCUGAGGACUACGAGAAGCAGUGCGAGCAGGACCGUGCCAUCUAUGAGAAGAACACGGCCAAGAAGCUCAAGGAUGCUGAGGAGUUGCACAAGGCCAAUGUUGAGCUCAAGCACCGUCUGACCAGACUCGUACCUAUGUAUGAGUCUUUCAGGGAGAACCUGCACGAGCGUCGUCGCGACGAGUUCGAGAAGCGUCGUCGCGACGCCGAGAAGGAGCUUGAGAAACAGAUUGCCCUUCGCAAGAAGGAGUUCCGCGACCGCAAGCUGCGCGAGAAGCGCGAACGUGAAGAAAAGGAGAGAGAGCUCCUGGAGGCCGAGGAGCGUGCCGCUCGCGAGAAGGAGGAGCAGGCUUUGCGCGACGAGGCCCGCAAGGCCGAACUCUCUAAGCUCAAGGAGCAGCGCGACAAGGAGCGCCAGGAGAUGCUGGAGAAGGCGGCCCUUCAACAACGCAGAGAAGAUGAGGCUCUCGCUCGCCGCAGGGCCGAGAAGGAGCGUCCCGUGCGCGGCGCCGAACCUUCGGGUGACAGCGACAACCGCCGACCUCCCCAAAUCGGCGGUGGCAGCUGGCGUGAGAGAGAGGCUUCCAGGACUGCCGCUUCCGCUUCCGCGCCUGUCCCUGCCCCUGCCGGCGGCCGGUCUAUGGAACGAAGCGACUCCCAGGACCGUCCCUCCGCUGGUGGCCCGCCCCGUCUCAACCUCGCCGGUAGCAAGCCUAGCUGGCGCGACCGCCAGGCGGCCAAGGACGGCAGCGCCGACCCGUCGUCGGAGAAGGACAACGCGCCUCCUCCCCGAAACUUUCCUCCCCGCGGUAUCCCCAUGGACCGUCGCGGCUCCUCGCGUGAUGAGGCUCCUCCUCCCAGACGGGCUGAGCCGCCGCAGGAGCACGACUCUGCUCCUUCUGAGCAGUUGCCCUCGCGCACCGCUGGCAAGUGGGUUCCUCCCCAUAUGCGCGGCAAGGCAUAG